AUGUCAAAUAUUCAAAAAACUCCAGUAGUAAAGGAUCCACCAAAAAAGACAAAGAUUAUAGAAAUAUUGGAUUUUAAUAAAUUGGAAACUCAAGACUCUAACUCUUUAUCUAGUGAAGAAUUAUAA